AUGCGCAAUCUCUCCGAUCUUUGUGCAACGAUUCCUUCCCAGGCAAUUACACAAGAGCUCGUCGAACUUUAUUUCUCAGAGGCCAAUUGGUAUUUCGCCAUCCUGGAAAAGCAUUACUUUGAAAAACUCUAUAGUUCAUGGUGUGCCAUUAGCUAUCAUUCUACAGAGAAUGGCCAUUUAGAAGGGUGGUCUCGAGAUCUUCUCUACUUCCCAGCCCUGCUGUUUCAGGUCCUUGCUGUUGCUUUGCAGUUUGCACCCCCCGGUAUGCCCUGUGUUCAGGCGUUAGGGGUAGACAAUUUCACUCAACGUGACCGUCUCUCUAGUGAUUUCUCUUCGAGGGGGAUGGAUAUCGCGAGUGUUGUGGGAAGACACGACCCCGCAAUUACUGCCAUCCAGAACGACCUCAUGAGGGCACUGUGGUUAAAGAACUCUAGUCGUGGAAGAGAAGCCUGGCAGGUGUUAGGUGGUGCAAUAAGAAUCGCUCAAGAUUUAGGACUUCACAAACAAGCGAAGGUGAUCCAAAAACCACAAUCUCCACUCGAAGAAACUCUUGAUCUGCUGUGCCAUAUGGCUUUCACUCUUGGCCGACCUCGAGCGAUCAAUAACAGCGAUUGCACAAUCAUGCCACCGUUAGAUCGCGACAUACCUGCAGAUCCAGCGACUACUAUUCCGACAGCAUCUUUCUUGCAUGAGCCCCCGUCAUCCUUCACACCUCAUCUUUUCCAAUACGCCAUCUGUCAGCAGGCCCAUGAAGUCAUGUCACUAGGCGCUCAUCGAAGCCAUAUUGAAGAUUAUAGCUGGGUCAAGACUAUGCAUGAUCGCAUCCUUUCCCUACUGAACAACCUACCACCCGUGCACAGACCGGUAAACCCGGACACGUCUUGGGAUUCAACCUAUGUGCAUAUUCCUAAGCAGCGUCAACAAAUAGCAACUGCGGCGCAUUCAUUUCUGAUGGCUCUACACAGGCCGCAUUCCAAAACACAUGCGGCUAGUCGUGAUGCUGCAAUUGAAGCAGCACUCUCUGUAUUGGAUGCACAAGAACGCCUCUUCGACCUUAUGGCUACCCGGUAUUCAAAUAUUUACGCCCUUUCUGUCUACACGGUUGAAGCGUCUAUUUUUCUGUCCGUCGCCGUUCUUGAAUUUCCACCCUCGGAUCUGGCUAUAUUAUAUCGCAUUGAUCGUGCAGUCGAGAAGGCUAGACUUCGUCUUGAAUCGGUAAAGGAAAGAGUUUCCUUAGCAAGUUCUGCGUUACAGAUUUUGAACCGCUGCUACCUCAAAACAAAUGCUGUCUCACAACCCCAAUUUCACGCACCUGACUUUACGGUCCAUCAACCUAGCCAACUAGUGGAAAGCGCUGCUUCUGGUGAAAUAGGGAUCGAGUACGCGUCUGAACCUGCUUUAAGUACCCCCGCGCACUUCCACGUACCCAGCACCAUGCCAGAUUUUGAGCCUAGUCAGGUUGAAACUGCGGUUAUGUUUGAUGAUUUCACUGUAUCGAAUUUUGACAUUGAAUCGUGGGUGCAACAGAUGGGCCAGAUGAACGGUCCGGGCUGGGUUUAA